GACUACAGCUCCCAGGCCUUCUCAAAGUCCCCACCGCACAGGCUCAGAGCCCCAUGCCGGGAGGAGGUGGUUACAUUGUGUCUAUUGUAUCCCUGGGCUUGUGUGUUUGUACAUUUCUCAGGACGUGAAAUUGAGAGUGAAAAGCAUGGCAGAUGAACAAGAAAUCAUGUGCAAAUUGGAAAGCAUUAAAGAGAUCAGGAAUAAGACCCUGCAGAUGGAGAAGAUCAAGACCCGUUUGAAGGCUGAGUUUGAGGCCCUUGAAUCAGAGGAGAGGCACCUGAAGGAAUAUAAGCAGGAGAUGGACCUCCUGCUACAGGAGAAGAUGGCUCAUGUGGAGGAACUCCGACUGAUCCAUGCUGACAUCAAUGUGAUGGAGAACACCAUCAAACAGUCUGAGAAUGACCUAAACAAGCUGCUAGAGUCUACCCGGCGGCUACAUGAUGAAUAUAAGCCACUGAAGGAACAUGUGGAUGCCCUGCGCAUGACUCUGGGCUUGCAGAGGCUCCCUGACCUAUGUGAAGAGGAGGAGAAGCUCUCCUUGGAUUACUUUGAAAAGCAGAAAGCAGAAUGGCAGACGGAGCCUCAGGAGCCCCCUAUCCCUGAAUCUCUGGCCGCCGCCGCCGCUGCUGCCCAACAACUCCAAGUGGCUAGGAAGCAGGACACUCGGCAGACAGCCACCUUCAGGCAACAGCCCCCGCCUAUGAAGGCCUGCUUGUCAUGUCAUCAGCAAAUUCACCGGAAUGCACCUAUAUGCCCUCUGUGCAAAGCCAAGAGUCGGUCCAGGAACCCCAAAAAGCCAAAACGGAAGCAGGAUGAAUGAGGAGAAGGAGUACACAUAGAGCUCUGCUGCUCAAAACCCCUCCCCUUGGCCAGAGUGCUUGAUAUCCUGAUGUGAAAUAACCCUCCCCCACCUCUAUGAAGUCUCCUAUUUAAUGUAAUGGAAGCACAACCCCUCUCCCAUUUUUCUCUCAUUUCUUUCUGUUCUUGGGGUUUCUGGUUUAGAAAGAGAUGUGGUUCAGGUGCUAGUGACAGUCGUGUCUGAAGAUCCCUUCUCUCUCAUCUGUAUUUCAACCCUGGCCCUUGUUAAGGGAAGAGCAGAAGUCCCAGAUGUGAUUCUCUGACUCUUGUGCCUGAGGCCUGGGGACUAAGGGCUGAGGGCUGAGGAUAUGAAACAAACAUAUCUUGUUUCAGGUGAAUGCUUCAGUGUGCCCUCUCCUUAUACUUUUGCCUUAGCCUCUGAAGUCUAGCAACAGUCUUCUUGCCGGACUUUACAAUAGGCUAGGUGCAUAUAUCUCCCUUACUCACACCCUCAUCUCAUCCUCAAGGCCCAGAGGUAAAGGUAGCUUUGACAAGCUCUCCUUUUCAUAUUCAUUUGGGAAGCCUGACAAUUAUUAUUGAGUUCUGCACCCCCUAUCCCUCACCUCCCAGAUAUACUAAAGUUCUCAGGUACCAGGCUGUGUAUCUGGGGAUCCUAAAAUCUGUGGGAUUUUCACCCAUAACCCUAGUUUUUGAAAAUCAGUAGUAUAUGUUCCCCACAGUGAAAUCAGGGAGCCUGACCCACUCUACAAGUUCUAUCUAACUCAUUGCCUAAGUUAUUGAGGGCUCUGCUACAGGGGCUGCCUUAGGCUGGAGAGGCCCCAGGCUGACAUUUGUGUUCUCUUUAGUUCAAAACCAUUACUAUGGCACUUCCUCAAAAGGUAUAUCUUAGUGGUCAGAAGAGUGGGUUGAGAUUCAAAGGAAUGCCAAUCACUUUCCACAUGCAGGUAGGUGGGACUUCUUCUACAGUCAUCCCUCCCUCUCUUGGGUCUGCCCUCUUCUCUAAGGCAGCCUCAGGUCAGCUUUUGGCCGUCCCCUUUCCUGUGGAUUGUGCAAGUGGUUUUCCCUCUCAAAAGAAAAGUCACCAGAUUCCCAAAGCCCUAUAGCUCUUCCCUACACCAAAGCCAGAUCUCUAGUCAAGUCACUCUCAAACUUGAGGGAUGGGAAUGAGGACUGGCUGACUGAAAAAAGUUUUAGCUCCAGGUAUCAGUCCCUGGCUGGCAAGAGGGGAUAUUUUUCCUUCCUUUCUUAACUGUAGUUUUAAGUUGCCACUGUGUCUGUGUGUUCAUAAUAUAUAAAAGGUCCCUCUGCUUUUUAAAAGUAAGAUGUUACAUCUAUACAAAUCCUUUUAAAUAAACAUUUGUUCAUUGGAGUAAA